AUCGUUGAAGCGAACGCCAUUUUGCUGGCAGUCUUUUGGAGCGUGGUGUUGGGCAAACGGAGGCAAGCGUUCGCUGUCAAUUAAAAUUAAUUUGUGGUUUUUUUCUUAUUCAUAGACCACCACUGAAUAUUUAUUGCAGUCAUGUCGAACGGUAGUGGAGAUCACGACGAUGAAGGCUAUGUUGUCAAAUUACGUGGACUUCCGUGGUCCACCACUGUCGAUGAGAUUAUAAAAUUCUUCAGUGAUUGCACUAUCACGAAUGGUAAAAACGGAGUUCACAUGACUAUGUCCCGUGAGGGUCGUCCGAGCGGCGAAGCUUACGUGGAAAUGGACACACCCGAGGAUAUUGAAAAAGCUUGUAAACGAGACAGAGACCACAUGGGUCACCGUUACAUAGAAGUAUUUAAAGCAAAAAGAGGUGAAAUGGAAUGGGUGGUCAAGAGAAGUGGUUUGAACCUGGAAAAUGCUAUGGACGAUGGUUGCGUGAGACUACGGGGCCUGCCCUUUGGAUGUUCUAAAGAAGAAAUAGCACAGUUCUUCUCAGGGUUGGAGAUAUUGCCGAACGGGAUUUCACUACCGACAGACUACACGGGCCGCAGUACUGGGGAGGCUUACGUUCAAUUUGUUAACAAAGAUGUUGCGGAGCGCGCUCUGCAGAAACACAAGGAAAAGAUAGGACACAGGUACAUCGAAAUCUUCAGAAGCAGUUUGUCUGAAGUGCGUGCUAGUGUUGGACCAAAAAUGAGGGGUGGGCCGAUGGGUGGCUUUAAUCAGAGACCUGCUCCCUAUGACAGAGGUGCACGAUUCGGUGGGAUGAACCGAUUCAGUAACAAUGGCAGAGGUUCCAGAAACAGAGACUUUGAUGGUGGCCCCUGGGGAAGUGGAAACAAUUUUGACUCCCGUGGUGGGAACAUGGGUAUGCGUGGAGGUUUAGACAUGAAAGGAGGAAAUUUCAGAGGCAGCGGUGACACAUGGGGUGGCAAUUCUGGUGGUAUUCACAGUAUACACAUGCGUGGAUUACCAUUCAAAGCAUCCGAACAAGAUAUAGCUGAUUUCUUUAGACCUAUCGAGCCCGUGAAUGUUCGGAUCAUUCUUGAAAAUGGAGGACGACCUUCUGGAGAGGCUGAUGUAGAAUUUGCAACUCAUGAAGAGGCUGUUAAAGCCAUGACUAAGGACAAGAGUCAUAUGUCCCAUAGGUACAUUGAAUUGUUUUUAAAUUCCACUGGUGGUUCGAGUGGUAUGUCAUUGGGUGGCAUUGGAAAUUUCUGUGGAGGUUUGGGUAAUAACUUCAGGCCAGGAUACUCACCGAACAGAGGUUUCAGCUCUCAGCUAGGAGGAAAUAAUUAUAAUAGUUUUUGAGGCCGGAUGUCGCGUUUCUUAUGCUACCGACGAUAAAACGUACCGUAAAUCAAAGUUUUAACACAAUGAAUCGUAUCGUCGCAACAACACUUGGUUUCUAUAUUGCGUUCAAUUUAGAAAUUGAAAUACUGUUUCGGUACAUGAGAUACACAUACGUUAAUUCUAACCAGAACAUAUAAAAAAAAACUUAUGUUUCAGUUCUGAUAACGCUAAAGUAUUGUCGA